GUUUCACUGGGGGGCUGGCCACAGACAGAAGCUCCAUCCAUCCACGCAGACUCACGCUCCACAAAGUCUGAGUGAGCGCAUAUUUUUUACAACUUUUACGCGCAGCCAAAAUGAGCGUCUUUACUUCAAACGUGGCAUUGCUGUGGCUGAUAACAAUACCCUGCCUGGAGGCCAUUCACGGAUUAUACAAUUUUGGCCAGCAUGACUUAUUCUACAAAAAGAAUCACUGCAAACCAAUCCCCGCAAACCUGCUCCUGUGCCACGACAUAGAGUACACGGAGAUGCGCCUCCCGAACCUGCUCGGACACGAAACCAUGAAUGAAGUUCUGCAGCAAGCUUCGUCGUGGAUCCCGCUGGUCCAGAAACAAUGUCACCCCGACACAAGAAAGUUCCUCUGCUCCCUCUUUGCUCCGGUGUGUCUGGAUGAUCUGGAUGAGCCCAUACAGCCGUGCAGGUCUCUGUGCGAGAGCGUCAAACACGGCUGCGCGCCCGUCAUGUCCGCGUUUGGCUUCCCGUGGCCGAAGAUGCUGGACUGCGACCGCUUCCCCUUAGACAACGACCUUUGCAUACCGCCUGCAGGCAUGGACAACUUUGUGCCAGCCACGAAAGAAGUGCCCAGAGUGUGUGAUGCUUGCAAGGAAACCGAUGAGAACGACAACGAAAUUGUUGACAACCUGUGUAAGAAUGACUUUGCUCUGAAGAUCAAGGUCAAGGAGAUCUCCUACAUCAACGGGGACACCAAGAUAGUGCCAGAGACCAAGAGCAAGACCAUCUACAAGCUGAAAGGCGUGACAGAGCAUGACCUGAGGAAGACGGUGCUGUGGCUAAAGGACGGCCUGCAGUGUAUCUGCGAGGAGAUGAACGACAUCAACGCCGCCUACCUGGUCAUGGGCCAGAAGCUGGACGGCCAUCUGGUCAUCACCUCGCUGAAGCGCUGGCAGAAGGGACAGCGCGAGUUUAAGAGGAUUUCUCGCAGCAUCCGCAAGCUCCAGUGUUAGAAAGGAAAUGAAACAAAAAAAAACCAACUGCAUGUGUUACUGUUGAAGAUAAGGUUUGGUAGAGCUCUUUCCCCAUUCAUACUUUCAUGAAGAUUAGCCCCCGGAAAGAAAAAUGCUUCCCUGGCCUUUGAAAACACAUCACUUCAUGUGUCUUUCAUUAGUUUAUUCUGUGAAAUGUUAGGUUAAAAAAAAAAAAAAAAAAAAAAAAAAAAGGUAUUAUGAGGCAUUAUAAGUCGAGGUGAACAAGAUAACGUCCAUUUAUUUGAGCCCACAACUGUAAAUCGUAUGUUUUUGAAGGUUUUGUGUAACAUUUUAUUUACCAACUUUGUUGCUCAACAGUGUUAUAUCCGGUUUAGACAUAGACUACUUUUACUUAGACAGCAAAAUUCCAAUAUUAAUGUAAUUUAGGCAGUUAUCGGCAUGAAAGCAGAAUUUUCUGAUUUCCUAAACCCAUAUAAGGUCACAGAAUCAGCAAUAACCGGUUUGUGAGGUGGAAUUUUCUGAUUUUGGCAUUAUACAGUACUGUGCCAAAGUCUUAGGCCACCAUUAGACAUGUUGUUAAUGCAACUUUAUGAUGAUAGAGAUGAUACAGUCUCAUCAUCUCAUUUGACAAAUCUCUGCAGUGAACAAAAAGGUCUGUUCAAGACAUGCUUGACCGUUACAUUUAUACACAUGACUCAUUAAUGAAGAUGUGAGUCAUAGUCUGUUUAUUUUCUGGAACAUGUACACUAAACAGGAAUAUGAAUGGAUUAUUCUGUUCAUGGACUGAAACAACGUUCUUUUAAGAAUUAGGUAAAAAAUUGGGUUGGUGUCAAGGGGGAAAAACAUCACAGACGCAAAUGGAAACAGACAGUAUUGUUAGUUUUUAACUUUCAGCCAAAGACUAAAUGUUCAUUUUGCACUAAAGGAACCCACUCACUACCACCACCUAGUGGCCACUUGUCAGGUGUCACCCCAUACCCCCGCCAUCUUUGCUGUCACCUCAUUAAUUGCAGUUAAUUGCUAGGAUUGUUAGGAUUAAAUUUAGCUUCAAGGUUCAAGUGCAGGAUUGAAGAUGACUGACUCUGAUGAUCAUUGGCACAUGUGGCUUCCUGUGACAUAUAAAGUUUAUAAAGUGACUUUAUCACACCUACAUAUACUUUUUUUAUAUAUAUAUUUUUGUGGAGUUAGAAAGAAAUGUGUGUCUAACUUUUAUUCAAGGAGGCCUCCCACAGUGUUAACUCCUAUUCAAAACAUAUCUGUGCUACAAGAAAGACUCCACAAUUAAAUCAUUUGCUUUAUUAAAGAGCUCCGAUAACGUAACUUAGGGACAUUAAAACCUUGCCGAACUAGGAAUUAGGAUCAUUUUUAAACACUACUCUCUGCCCUGAUGAUUCUGUAGUGGUUUUGUGAGUUGAAUCUGAAUCUGUGUCACUCAUGUCAGUGCUGUGAUGGAUCACAAAAAGUUUUAUAUUCGUAUCCCCACCUUUUCUUCAUCCAAAAGAAAUGAGAGAUAGCUGGCUAUAUUCUCUUUUUUGUACUUCAGCCACUGCGUACUUUUCUACCACAGUAUGAUAAAAGCAAUAUUUUUCUACUCCUGACCUUCAUGUCAUUUAAACUUAUGUAAUGUUUUGGUUUGUUUGAGUGUCACAGUGUUUCGUUUUGUUUUUAUGGUGAAUAUCUUGAGUGUUGAUUGAUGGGUGUGUGUUUGAAAAAAAGUGUUACUGUGUAAAUAUCUAAUACUAUCCUUUGUAUUAUUGUAUGUUUUCCAUUAAGUAAAAGUUGCCAUGUUUAAAAAAGU